CCUUUGGCCUCCUGCCAUCAUGGAUCCAACACAGGCAGCAAUUCUGCAGCAAUUCCUCGAAUAUCCCUUCGAAACUGAUGAGACCUACCAGCAAGGCUUAGCUGGCAUUCUCGCCACCGACCCUUCUGAUGCCGUCUUGCUGAAUACCCGAGUAUUCUACUUCAAUCGGUUAACGGGUAGCUCUAUCACUGUAGCCGAUGUCCUAGCAUAUCGUGAACGGCCCACCCCGGUAUCCGAGUCGGCGCCGACUUCGAAUCCUCCUAGCACCGCAAGCGAGUCGGAGGAGCCCAAGAUCCUCACAUUUGCACAGCUCAAAGAACUCAUAGAGGCCGGGAAGUUGGACGAGAUACCCAAUAACAAAACCAUAUCUGGUGAACUGAACAGCGCUCCUCCUAGUCAAUCUGCGGCAUCCGUCCGACGGAAACCAUGGGAGACUAGUAAUAACUCGUCCGACAUCAUGGAAUCCUGAAUCACAUACCUCGAAAGUUGUACAAUAGUGUAGAGUAUCAUCUCAAUCGAACCAAUGUUAAGACG